AUGGAUUUCGGGUCCUUGGAGACGGUGGUGGCCAACUCUGCCUUCAUCACCGCCCGGGGCAGCUUCGAUGGCAGCAGCGGCCCGCCCUCCCGGGACAAAAAGUACCGGGCCAAGCUCAAGCUGCCCCCGCUCUCCAAGUGCCAGGCCCUCGGGGCCAGCCUGGACCUGCGGUUCCAGAGCGUGUGCUCGGAGCAGCCCAUCGGCAAGCGGCUCUUCCAGCAGUUCCUGAAGGCCGACGGGAGGCACGUGCCGGCCCUGGAGCUCUGGAAGGACAUCGAGGAUUACGACACGAUCGACGGUGACCUGCGGCCGCAGAAGGCCCGGGCCAUCCUGGCGGAGUACCUGGACCCCCAGGCCAAGCUCUUCUGCGGCUUCCUGGACGAAGGGACGGCGGCCAAGGCCCGGGAGGGGCCGGCGGUGAGCGGGGACGGGCUCUUCCAGCCCCUGCUGCGGGCCACGCUGGCCCACCUGAGCCAGGCCCCGUUCCAGGAGUUCCUGGGCAGCCUGCACUUCCAGCGGUUCCUGCAGUGGAAGUGGCUGGAGGCGCAGCCCACGGGCGAGGACUGGUUCCUGGAUUUCCGGGUGCUGGGGAAAGGGGGCUUCGGGGAGGUGUCGGCCUGCCAGAUGAAGGCGACGGGCAAGAUGUACGCGUGCAAGAGGCUGAACAAGAAGAGGCUGAAGAAGAGGAAGGGGUACCAGGGUGCUAUGGUAGAGAAGAAGAUUCUGUCGAAAGUACACAGCAGGUUCAUAGUCUCUCUGGCCUAUGCAUUUGAAACCAAAACCGAUCUCUGCCUGGUGAUGACCAUCAUGAAUGGAGGCGACUUAAGGUACCACAUCUACAAUGUGGACGAGGAGAACCCUGGCUUCCAGCAGCCUCGCGCCGUCUUCUACGCGGCCCAGAUUCUCGGCGGCCUGGAGCACCUGCACCAGCGGGGCAUCGUCUACCGAGACCUCAAGCCUGAGAACGUGCUGCUGGAUGACGAAGGGAAUAUCCGAAUCUCCGACCUUGGGCUGGCCGUGGAGCUGAAGGAAGGGCAGACCAAGACCAAGGGCUAUGCAGGGACCCCAGGUUUCAUGGCCCCAGAACUUCUGCGGGGUGAGGAGUACGACUUUUCUGUGGAUUACUUUGCCCUGGGGGUCACGCUAUAUGAGAUGAUUGCGGCCAGAGGACCCUUCCGAGCCCGGGGAGAGAAGGUGGAGAACAAGGAGCUCAAGCAGAGGAUCCUCUCGGAGGCGGUCAAGUACACUGACAAGUUCAGCCAGGCCAGCAAGGACUUCUGUGAGGCACUGCUGGAGAAGGACCCGGAGAAGCGCCUGGGGUUUAGAGAUGGGACUUGUGAUGGGCUCCGAGUUAACCCCCUCUUUAAAGACAUUAAUUGGAGACAGCUCGAGGCUGGGAUGCUGAUGCCCCCCUUCAUCCCAGACUCCAGAACUGUCUAUGCCAAGAACAUCCAGGACGUAGGGGCCUUUUCCACAGUCAAAGGUGUGGUCUUUGACAAAGCAGAUACAGAGUUCUUCCAGGAAUUUGCCACCGGCAACUGCUCCAUCCCCUGGCAGGAGGAGAUGAUUGAGACGGGCAUCUUUGGGGAGCUGAACGUGUGGCGUGCUGAUGGGCAGAUGCCCGAUGACAUGAAGGGGAUCACCGUGGAGGAGGCUGCUCCCUCCUCCAAGUCAGGAAUGUGUCUGGUUUCCUAG